AUUUACCGGUCUUUCAAAAAAGACCUAAAAUAGACCUUCCAACAUACUGAACCAUACAUUCCUGUUGUCCAUUUGAAGACAGUGGUGUAGAUGAACCGGUCUCGCAGCACAUCUAAAAACAGCCUUCCUUGAAACAUUUCUAUUGUUCGAGCAAUAGACACCUUGAGCUCUUCAUUUAACAAGGCCGCUGGGAUGUUUGUUAGACUGCUCUUCUCCAUCUGCUUGCUGGUGGGGCAAAGGGCUCAUGCCCAAACUACACCCUCUUCAAAAAACAUAACAGAGGUCACUGCCCAAUCGGUGGUCCUUUCUACCGAUGGAACUACUCCUGCAACAUUCAGCAUCAUCAUAUCCAACACAACAUCUCCACCAGUGGAUGAGAUUCUUCUAACAACUCAAAAUACAACUAAUGAGUCAGCGACAGGAAGCAGCUUUCUUUUAAAGUUCACGCUGGUAACAGCUUUCGAUAUCAAUCUGUUAAACAGAUCCUCUGUGGAGUUCCAGACUUUUAAAAGCCAAACGGAAUCUUUUCUGAACGACAUCUUAUCUUCUCGAUAUGGCAAUCUUUUUAAUAUAGCUACGGUCAACAGCUUCGGCCCGGGUUCUGGGACUGUGGUGAACGCUGACCUGGAUUUCAACAAUGAAGCUGGGAUUUCAGCCGAUGCAGUGAAAAACACACUGGCAUUGGCUGCAUCAGAACUAGAUUUACCCAUCGCAGUCAAUGUUUCUUCCAUCAAUGUGAUAGCACGGAGUCCAGUCAUUGAACCAAGUCAAAAUUCAACAAUAAAAGUGUUUGCUGACGUGAGGAUCUUCAGCUCCAUAAAGCUGAAUGCAAGCAACUUAGGCUCUAUUAUUGAGGUAUUAGUGAGCGACAUUGGCCUACUGCAGGUCACUGUUAAGAAAAUUGUAAGUUGCCUUGGAGACCAGUGUUGAUACCAAGAGCCUGCUGAGUCUGCAACAACCCUUCAACCAGGGGGAUCAUAUGAAUAAACAUUAUUAAACAAAGCGUCACUGUGCUUGUAAUGAUACCAUAAUAUAAAUGCUGUUUCUAAAAGCUCAGUGAUACCAGUGAUCACUUUCAUUCAUUGUAUA